CUGGGAGCUGCUCAACCAUCAACCUCGUCGUUGGCACAUUCCCCUUCACUAUUCGACCUUCACCGCCGUCGAGCUCGAGAGCACACACCGCGACGUGUUGCGCUCUGCCACUCAUUUUUCUACCGUUUCGCGUCUCUCAUUAAAGAAGAAACAAAUCCUCUUGUUGUCGCAGCCGCGCCGCGACACAGGCCCACGCUCAUUUUCUGCUGUCCAAGCUUCCAUCCCAAGUUUCCUUAUCACCCACGAACGUACGUCGCACGGUCAUUGCAUUGACCACAGGCAGAGACCCGGAGUCAGCCAUCUUCAUAUUCUUCAUUCCGACAAAGCAUUGUCAUUUUCCCACAAACCCUGACCUCACUUGACUUUUGUCACAACUUGCGACGCCCUCGGAACAACCUUCACAAACAUUUCAGAAACACAGACAAUCACAAUCCACCGCAACCAUGUACCUAUCCAAGACAGUCUCGCUGACUGUCCUCUCGCUCCUCUCCUCAGCCUUCGCGCAGACAUACACAUCAUGCAAUCCCAUGGAGAAGGAAUGCCCGCCCGACACAGCCCUAGGUGUGAACAACUACACAAUCGACUUCACAAAGAGCAUCAUGACUGAUCGUGUCUGGAACUGGACCGCUGGAUCUGCCGACUACGGUGAUCAGGGUGCGGAGUUCACCAUCGCCAAGCGUGGCGACGCACCUACCGUCCAGACCAACUUCUACCUCUUUUUCGGUCAGGUCGAGGUUUGGCUCAAGGCAGCGCCGGGCAAGGGUGUCGUCUCUUCCAUUGUCCUGGAAUCCAACGAUCUGGACGAGGUGGAUUGGGAGUGGAUCGGCCCCAACAACACAUACGUGCAAACCAACUACUUCGGCAAGGGCAACACGACCACCUACGAUCGCUCACGCAUUCACGAGGUCGACGAUGCUCAAGGCAAAUUCCACAACUACACUGUCGACUGGUCGGCUGAGAAACUGGAGUGGUUCAUUGAUGGCCAGUCGAUCCGUGUCUUGAAUUACGCCGAUGCCAACGGUGGACACAACUUCCCCCAGACUCCCUGCAACGUCAGACUCGGUAUCUGGGCCGGCGGUGACCCCAAGAACCCACAAGGCACCAUUGACUGGGCCGGUGGUGAGAUAGACUACUCCAAGAGCUACACCAUGAACGUGCAGUCCGUCCGGGUCCACGACGCCAGCACGGGCACACAGUACGUCUACGGUGACAGAUCCGGCAGCUGGGAAAGCAUCAAGGUUCUCAAUGACACCAAACCACUCAAGCUCGACGGCGAAAACUCCAGCUCGACCUCGCAAACCGUCAAGCAAAAGUGGAACGGCCUGGCCCCGACCACCAAGUACAUCAUCGGCGGCGUGGUGGGUGGCGUUGCGCUCCUGGCCAUCGCCAUCUUCACCUUCUGCUGCGUCCGCCAACGCCGCGCCGGCAAGCACGAGAAGCUGAUCGAGGACGCCAAGUACGAGAAGAACGCGGCCGAGGUGCUCGCCUAUCGCGCCGACAUGUCGCGCAUGCGCAACGAGAUGUACAAGCAGCAGGCACAGGUUCACGUGUCGCCGAUGGUGGGCGGCGGCAUGGGAGCUACGUUGCAACACCAGCAGAGUCAGCCCAUGAUGGCAGGUAUGCGCAGCCCGUCGCCCGGGUACGGAUACGCGCAGGGCGGCGGCGGAGGCAUGAAUUCCUACGGAAGAGGAUACCAGAAGUAUUGAUCUGGAAUGACUGUCUUUGUUUUUUCAUUGUCAACCUCUCGAAUCCCUCUCGUUGGAAGGAAGCGGUCUGUCAUCAUGUGGCGUCUGCCCACCUAAACCAUCUUCAUCAUUGUCCUUUUGUCCUGUUAUGUGCCCUCCCCUAAAGGUCAGGACCAGGAUCAGGAUCAGGAUAAAUGGUCAUGUGGUCCAAAAUGGAUAUUACGGGGCCUGGACAUUGUUGUUGUACAUUAAAGCCAGCCAUUACGUGGAGUUGAAUUGAAUUGUGCUUUGUCAAUUUUCAUUUGAUUGCUCUUAUUCUAUGAAGAGCUGUCACUCAA